GCAUUUUUUUGUGUUCUUGGCCGCGCCCCUUUCGUUUGCGCUACUUGUCUGUGGCCAGAGUGAGUGGAGUAGUGAUGUGCUGUGGUACGUUCCUUGUGUUCGUUUUGGUCCUGUUGGGGCAGGAUUGGCUUCUGCUGACGGAACCCAAAGUAAUCAGCUUACCUGUGACAUGCCUCACAAAUCAGUUUCAAUGCAUGGAUGGAGCCUGCAUCCCAGCUCUGUGGCUUUGUGAUGGAGACAAAGAUUGUCCAAAUGGAGAGGAUGAAGUGUCCUGUUCAAAGAAAAUGGCAUGUAAUGGCUUCCAGUGCAAAAACGGACACUGUAUUAAUUCAACAUCGAAAUGUGAUGGACAUUCUGACUGUGCUGAUGGCUCGGAUGAAGAUCUGUUAAUAUGUGAGCACAUUACUUGCCCAUCUUUCAAAUUUCAUUGCAGAAAUAGGCAAUGCAUAGCUGCAGAGCUGGCAUGCAAUGGACAAAAUGAUUGCACUGAUGGAAGCGAUGAGGUUGGAUGUCCACCACAGCAGUGUUCUCCUGAAGAGUUUCGAUGUGGUUCCCUUUGUUUGUCCCGGAGUCUUCUGUGCGAUGGCAAAAUAGACUGUGCUGGGGGUUUAGAUGAACUGAAGGAAAAAUGUAAGGGGCAGUCCAGGUUACAUUGCCCUACAGAUGAAUUUGAAUGUGAUGGGCAUUGUGUGCCUAAAGCUUGGAGGUGUGAUGGGCAUCCUGACUGUGAGGACCAAAGUGAUGAAGAGCUCUGUGAAGUGCCUACAGUAGAGUUGGAACCUUUUCUGCUCACAUUUAACUCCAGUGAGAUUAUUAAAGGGGACCUUACUGGUGAGAGGCAAGAGAACAUCCUUUUUGGUCUGGCUAAUAUUACUGCUCUUACUGGAGAUAUGUGGUCCUCUGAGAUCUUUUGGAUCAACGGUGAAGAUAAGAACAUAUAUGGACAAUCGCUGUAUAAAGGUAAAGGAAGAAGAGAGAUCCUCAAACAGCUAGGCAAAGCCACAGUUCUUUCUCUUGACUGGAUUUAUAAACUUAUCUUCUGGAUUAAUUCGGAAACUGGAACAAUAUCCGUGGCCUCUCUUGAUGGAUCAAAACAUAGAGUACUGUAUAGAGAAAACAUUUCAUUACCGACAGCAAUAGCGGUGAAUCCUCUUACUGGGUUUAUUAUCUGGUGUGAUGCUGGGGAGUCACCUAAGAUUGAGAAAGCUGCUAUGGAUGGAAGUCUCAGACAGCCUCUUGUUUCAGUAGACAUUUUCAGACCCAUGGCUCUGACUUUGGACCUUAAGCACAGUUAUGUGUAUUGGAUUGAUAAUGAGCUCAGCAAAAUAUCUAGUAUUUCAAUGGAUGGUCAAUACAGGAAAGUAGUCUUCUGUUCAAAAGAGUUGCUGGCUAAGCCAUCAGGAAUUGCUGUUUUUGAGGAGAGGAUCUUUUGGUCUGAUUUAGAAAAUCAAGCUAUAUACAGCAAGCAACGGCGGAUAAGUGCCAAUGUUACCACAGUGGCAACUGUAAGGAAUCCUGCAGGGCUUAUUAUACUGGCCAGAGAAGUGCAAGCUAAUAGUAUAAAUCUCUGCUUGGAGCUGAGGGCAGACUGCCCUUUCCUUUGUGUUCCAUCACCCCUAGACCCGGAGCACUCAACAAGAUUCUCCUGCCUAAGUUCAGAUAGUUUGGAGCCAGACAAUGAUGUAGUGGUGCCACAAACAGGCAGUCAAGCCUUGGACAACACAAAAGUGGCCGCACAGUCUCCAAACAAGAUAAAGCACAUCAGCAGAACAGUGAAUUCAACUGUAACCACUGAGCACCAUGUGCCUUAUAGCGUUAAAUGGGUGAUUCCUUUUGCAGUGUUUUUCAGUUUUACUCUGAUUUCCUGCAUGAUUAUCAGCUGUCGCAGGAAGAGCCGCUGCAGUUUACUCCACACCCAGAUCUGUGAGAAAUCUAAGAAAUAUUUAAAGCCAGAACUUGGUCGGACAGUGUCAGCUACUUACAUGUUGACGGAUAUGAAAAGUGAAGAUGAAGAUGAGGACAAGUGAAGGCACCUGGAGGUUUAGUUCAACUGCACAUGGCAAUACCUUACAUUGGUAGGGAUAUGGCAUUUGGGUGAUGUUUGGAAUAUCAUAUUUCUCUUAUGUGCUAAGUCCGGUAAUCAACGGGUCAGAUAAGAACAAGUUCAGUCAGUAGCGAUCAAACGCCCAGAGAUUGGUGUGCUGUGCACAGGGGCCCUGUGGCUUUUGGUAAUGACAGGAUUUCCUGUUUAUGUAUUGGGCUCAACAUAGCUGGCCUUGUCCUGUAAAAUGAAGGUGCAGAAUAGUUGUGCAUGAAGCCCCCCCAUUAUCAACCUCUGUUUGCUGAGAAAAAUGACUGAUUGUAGUACUUUGAUACUUUUGAUACCUUUGCGUGCUACAUUAUUAAGGCAUCUGCUUUUUUUUUUUACAAUUCUUAUUUUUUUCAACACUUUUUUCACAAUAAUUUUUCUUAUUUUAAGCUGAAAACUGUCCAUGUAUCAUGCUCACUCUUUAUCUACAGCUACGCUUUAUUUACUGCUACACUUCUCAGAAACAUAUGAAGCACCCUUUCACUACUGGUGACCAGAAUUAUGGUUAAUCAAAAUAAACAAAUAAGACUUUUGGUCUCACUGUACAGGAAAGAAGGUGGCAGGUAGCCUCACUGUUAAGGCCCUAUACCUCUUUCAUACUCAGUGAAAGAGAUAUAGGGUUCAAGGGUUUAUCUAACACAGGGUACUUAAUCUUUGCUUCCCUCGCCUCAGUCCCUUUUGCAUUCACUGAUUUAGGGGAUACAGGUGUCUUUUAAACUAUAUAAUUAUCUUGUUCUCCAAAUUGGAGAUAUUUAGGGGGAGCGGGGUAUUUAUGACUGACAUGCGAAUGUAGCCUGUGAAAAUUUCUGUCAAUUAAAAGAUAAAAGGUACCUCAUAAUGUGAAUUUCACAUUUUGUUUCUGUAUGAUUUUGCUACUUUGACAUAAAAUCACAUAGCAUAAGGCAGGUAAAACAUGAAAAUAAUCCAGUUUAUUUGACAUGCCUGAUAUUUCUGUCCUGUACAUAUUAAAAUAUUGCCUUUAAAGCAGACAUUUUAUUACUGUAUUUAUUAGCUUCAUUGUCUGCAUUUAUGAUUUAUCUCUUGUCUCCUAUGUUCAGCAGAACAUAUAUCCAUGACUUAGACCAGCCCUGCAAAUUGAAAAUACUGAUUUAUGUAUACAAUACUUUGUGUUUUCAGCACAAAAUGAAAGCAUGCAUGUUAAUUUUGUAAUUGGAUCUUUAAUAAACCCUUAGUAGUUUUUUAAAUGUAUUAUAACGUGUCUGUAAAACAUUAUGGCUCAGUGUUUAGUUCACAGUACUUUUUCUUUCUGAAGAAUCUUAAGCACUGAAAUAAUCGUUAUGCAAACAAGUAAGUUUAGGGCCUUGUCAUACUCUGUGAUGGUAUUUAUAGGAAGUUUACGAACAUCAAUCAAAAUAUUGCACAUAACCUGUCCAAUAGUGGUCAAAAUAGCACGUAUAGUGAUAGCAGUUGUUGUUACAACUGUCUGUAUGUACAAGGGAAACCAGUCAAUAUCUGGAGGUUAUGUUAUGCCAUAUAUCAAAGGGUAAACAGAUAGUUUGCCAAAGGAGGACAAUCGUGGACAUAUGAAGAGAGGAGUGGAUAUGUAUGAGGAACAGAGUAGAAUCUUUCCAUUUAAUUUCUGAGGAAGUCAAUUGCAAAUGGACAGUAAGAAAUCUUUUUGCUCAAAGCUUGAACUUAGCAAGACUGCAGGUUACAUAUAAAUAUAUAUUGUUUGGGAUGUAUCAUUAUUUAUUUGGGAUGAGAAGCGGAUAAAAUUGACUAACAGAGGCAUAGCUACAACAGGAACAUUUUCCCCCCAUGCCUAUAUAUGAAAAAUCGAUAACUGUUUGCAUAGGUGUACUAGGUACUAUUCUUCUGCUAUAUUAGCACAGUGUCCCUUUAAGGGACAAUGCAAAAAGUACAUUAAGCACAGCCUUGGACAGCAAGCAAAUUGAACUGGAGACAUAUAAUGUGGAGUUAAUACUUUGUGUAUUUAUGGUUUUGGUGAUAAUUAUUUCAGAGACAUAUUGUCAGGUCAUUAAAUGUUAAUAAAUAUUUAUUUUUGUAAUGGUAUUUGGGAUUUUAAAACUGACCUAAAUAAAUACACAAGAAAGAACAAAUACUUUCUAUACCUUUUAUGUUUAUGAUAGAGUUCUGUCAAUAUAAAUUAGGGUGCAAAUAUGUUGCCGAUAUUACAGGUUCCACCAACUAUGCUGGUAUAAAAUGUAGUUACUUCACAUGCUUGUGAGAAAAAAUGGUAACUAAAAUUAUUUGCCUGGAUUCUUCUGAUACUUGAAAAUGUAUGUUUUAAAAUUUGUAAAUAAAAGAACAUUUUAAAUAA